AUGUUUGGUCCAGACAAAUGUGGUUUGGACUAUAAGCUGCAUUUUAUAUUCAGGCAUAGAAAUCCAAAAACUGGUGAAAUCACAGAAAAACAUGCUAAAAAGCCAACUGGAUCUAUUGAAAAUUACUUCACUGAUAAGAACACUCACUUGUAUCAGUUAGUUAUAAACCCUGAUAACACUUUUAAAAUCUCUAUUGAUGGAUAUGUUGUAAAUGAAGGAAAUCUUCUUGAAGAUAUGACACCUCCUGUGAAUCCACCCAAAGAAAUUGAGGAUGAAAAAGAUGAAAAACCCAAAGAUUGGGAUGAUAGGGAAAAAAUUCCUGAUCCAGAUGCAACAAAGCCUGAUGAUUGGGAUGAGAAUGAACCAGAAAAAAUAGUUGAUCCAGAUGCAGAAAAACCUGAAGGAUGGUUGGAUGAUGAGCCAGAAGAUAUUCCUGAUCCUGAUGCAGAGAAACCAACUGACUGGGAUGAUGAUAUGGAUGGAGAAUGGGAAGCCCCUCUGAUAACCAAUCCAAAAUGUAAAUCAGCACCUGGUUGUGGUGAGUGGAAACCUGGAAUGAUUGACAAUCCUAAUUACAAGGGUAAAUGGAGGGCUCCAAUGAUAGACAACCCUAACUAUCAGGGUGUAUGGAAACCAGGGAUGAUUCCUAAUCCAAACUUUUUUGAAGAUCUCAACCCAUAUAAGAUGAUGCCAAUAGGUGCUGUAGGCUUUGAACUUUGGUCUAUGACAGAAAAUAUUUUGUUUGAUAACAUUCUUAUCACUGAUAAUAUGGCAACAGCAACCAAAUGGACUGAAGAUACUUUUAAUUUAAAACUAGCUCAAGAGAAAUCUUCUUCAUCAGCAAAAAGUGUAAUACAAGCUAUUCUUGAUGUGACUAAUGAGCGACCUUGGCUCUGGGCCGUGUUCAUUGUUGUUGUCUUACUGCCCAUAGUGCUGCUCAUUGCCUACUGCUGUGUAGGUGGGGGUACAAAGGAUGCAGUUGGUGAACAAAAGAAAACCGAUGCUCCAAGUCCUGAUGAUAGUGAACCAAUAGAACAAGCCAAGACAACAAAAUCAACGAAAAAGAAAGAAAACAAAUCGGAAGAGGAGGAGGAGGAGGAGGAGAAUAAGGUUGAAAAAGAAGAAAUUGAAUCUAAAUCUAAAAAACCCAGUAAGGGAGAUCUUGAGGCUGAGAAGGAAACUGAAAAUGUUGAUAGUGCAGAUGAAGUGGAAGCACCAAAAACUGAAAGACGGCGGCGCCCAAGAAAAGAAUAG